GUGACAACGGCCACUUGCUAAUUGGCACAAAAUGAAAGCACGUUGAGGAACCGUGAUCGGUGUAAAUAGUUACUUUCCGAAGAUUUUGUAAAUGGUUGUGGAAGUUAUAGUGUAGCGCAAUGGUUCGUACAGUAGCAUCAGCUGUGGUAAAGGGUGACAAUUCAAAAUAUGAGCUUUAUAAAAAGUUGAGGGAAGCUGUGAAAACUUUGAACACUCUCCAGACAAAUGCACAGACUCUUGAGAAAAUACGACAAGAAAGGGACAAAAGAGCCCAUCUCAAUGUGCCGAGAAUGUGGAAAUAUGCGGAACGGAUAGGUAUUCAGGAGAAAGAUGUGGACAAGCUUAAUGUUAUACAUGUCAGUGGAACAAAAGGUAAAGGAUCCACAUGCGCAUUCUGUGAGAGCUUGUUACGUCACCACGGAUACAAAACAGGAUUUUUUAGUUCACCACAUUUGAUAGAAGUGAGAGAAAGAUUUUCCCUGAAUGGUGCCCCACUAGAGAAAGAUAAAUUUGCUGCAUAUUUUUGGGAGGUUUACAACAAGCUGGACAAAACAAAGGGGGAGCAUGAUGGUCUGAUGCCAAACUACUUUGGUUUUCUGACAGUCAUGGCAUUACAUGUGUUUCUAAAGGAACAAGUUGAUGUGGCCAUCCUGGAAGUUGGUAUAGGGGGACAAUAUGACUGCACGAAUAUGGUCAGGAAUCCUGUUGUGUGUGGAGUUUCCUCCCUUGGACUGGAUCACACAUCUAUUCUUGGAACUAGCAUUGAUAAAAUUGCCUGGCAUAAAGCAGGUAUUUUCAAGCCAGGAGUGCCAUCAUUUACUGUUCCACAGUGCGAAUCAGCUAUGUCUGUUAUCAAAGAAAGAGCUGCAGAAAUAGGGGCACCAUUAUCAGUAUGCCCAGAUAUCAGAACAUACGGUGAAGAUAUUAAGCUGGGUAUAAAAGGAUCUAUACAAGUUCUCAAUGCAUCACUUAGUCUACAACUAUGCAAUACUUGGAUACAGAAAAUUAAAGAAAAGUCAUCAUCUGAGGAGGUGUCAGAUUGUGGAGAUUCACAAGAACAAACUUCAACAUCAAAGUCAAACUGUGAUAUUAAAAUAGCCGAGGCAUUCCAACUAACACCGCAGCAUUUAGCUGGUUUGGCACAAUGCCAAUGGUUAGGUAGGAACCAGACAAUUAGGGAACCAGGGAUAACUUAUUACCUGGAUGGUGCCCAUACUGUGGAAAGUAUUCAGCAAUGCGUUGACUGGUUCUCUACAGAAGCUAAUUUAGAGAAGGCCCGCUCAAAACAUGGAGUGUACAGAGUUUUGAUAUUCAACACAACAGGUGACAGGGAGACUACAAGUUUACUCAGUCCAUUGCUAUACUGUAACUUUGAUGCUGUGUUAUUCUGUCCUAAUGUAACACACGAGAAUGCUGUCAGUGCUGAUCAAACAAAUAAUACAGUUACAAAGGAGAGUCAGUUGAAACGUUGUAUUCUCAACAAAGAAACAUGGGAUAAACAGAUACAUGAGCUUGGCCACAUAUCUAAAAAUAAUAAUAUAUGCAAUGGUGACAGUCAUAUUCCAAAUGGAGCUGUGAAUGCUGGGAACGAGACUGUAGAGAAUGGACUACAUUGUGAUACGAGAGAAGUGGAAUCACAUGCUUUACCUACCAUAUCACAUUGUGUACAUUGGGUGUGUCAAAGGUCAGCAGUGAACAAAGAAAAUAGACAUUUGUCAGAAAAAUGUGUCGAAGCUAAAUUGAAUGGACAAACUGUAGAGCAAGGUUGUGGGGAGGGUUAUAUAUGUGAAAAAGACAGUUCCUCAGGGAAUAAUGGUUAUAUUGAUGGAAAUUUGGAUAUUAAUAAUGUUGGGGCAUCCAAAGGGGAUCCGCAGGUACAAGUGCUUGUAACAGGAAGUAUGCACUUAGUGGGGGGAGCUUUAAAAGUGUUGUGGAAUAAAGAAUGAUUUAAUUCAUUCAUUGUUAAUGUCUAUCCAUAUUUCUAUCUAUCAAUAUUUUUAAGCUUGACAGUAUUUGAACUUGUGCCUUUACCAUUUUUAUCGCCCAACAUCCUUCGACACUCUCUUUACACCCAUCUACACACCCACAUGUUUAUCCAUUGAUCAAAAGUAUAUUUAAUUGCACCAUCAUCAUGAACUGACAGAUUCUAUAUUGAAUGUAAUAUUUUAUUGUUUAUGUAUUUUCAUAUUUGAAUCUUGUUGAAAACUUCAAUGCCAAGUGUUUUGAUAGCUGGCCUGCUUCAUUUCUAAAAUACCUUUUCUAAUAUAUUAUAUUUGAAAUUAACCUUUUUAUGCCCCCACAAAGUGGGAGCAUAUAGCGUUGCACUUGUCCAUCCGUCUGUCAGUCAGUCUGUCCAUCCGUCUGUACGUCCCGAAAUCUUGUGAACGCAACUCCUCUUAAACCGGAUGGCAGAUUUUGCUUAAACUUUCAGGGAUGAACAACCUUAAUGUGUAGAUGGUAGUAAAGGAAGGAAUUUUUGCUGCGACUAAAUUUAACAGAAUUAUGGCCCUUUGUUGAUUUUUUCACUAUAUACUAUGUAGAAAUUUUGUGAACGCAACUCCUCUUAAACUGGUUGGCAGAUUUUGCUUAAACUUCCAGGGAUGAACAACCUUAAUGUGUAGAUAGUAGUUAAGGAAGGAAUUUUUGCUGCGACCAAAUUUACUAGAAUUAUGGCCCUUUGUUGAUUUUUUCACUAUAUACCAUAUAGAAAUUUUGUGAACCCAACUCUUAAACCGGAUGGCAGAUUUUAAUAAAAAGUUCCAUAUAAAAAUCUUACAUACAGAUAUGCAUGCUCUUGUUUACGAGCACAUCUGCACAGUGGGGGCAUCCGUGUCCUUUGGACACAGUUCUAGUUUAUAACAAUUUCCUGUCACUUUUUAAUCAUAAGGUAUUUAGGGGAUUUUAUAAUCGUUCAGAAGCUGGUUAUAUCAUUGUUUUAUCUUACAAGAUUUUUUUUUCAUUGCUUAAAUUUUUUGUUUGUUGAAAUAAAAUCAUUCAAUUGACAAUGUUGUAUGUGGGUAAAAAUAUAUUUUGAUGAAACGUUUUUGUUAAUUUUGAGUUAUUUUGUUAAAGAACUAAGAAUAAGAUAACUGGCUAUUUAGGCCAUACAUGAUUAUAUACACUGUACAUGUACUGUUCUACAAAUGCAAAAAAUAUCAUGAUAUUAGUGGCAUUUGAUAUAAACGUUAAUGUGUUUGAUUUAUUUUUGCAAAUUCAUUUUUGUUUUUCUAUAAGUACUGCACAAAUUUAAAACAUUUUGACAGGAAUAGCUUUCUAAACAGAGAAAUAUUAAUUUUUAUAUGGCCAGGGUUAUAUAUGUUCUAUUAUGAUAUGUUGCUUGUAUGUCACCCAUCUGUCUUUUCAUCUCUCUGUAAGCCACAUCUAUGUCAGUUCAGUAACUUCACAUCUAUUUAUAGUAUUAUGUUUGGUUUAAAUAUAUUUAAUUAAGCUCAAUUAUGAAACAAGUUCUUGCAACUAAUAUUAAUCACUUUCGAGUCUGCUUCCUGGAACCAACCAGUACUAAUGUCAUAAAAGGAAACUCGAGCCCUUGAUCCCUGGGUUGAGAGGCAGACACCUUCACCACUAGGCCACCGCUCCACUUAGUAUAUACAUGUAAUUAUAUAGCAGAUAGUAUUACGUGUGCUGUCUUCCCACAUAGUAGUUAAGAUGGUUAUGGCCAGUAGAUGACACAAAAGUAUUAUGUUCCUCUGUUGAGACAUUUGAACAGCACAUACUUCAGCAUAUAAUGUUCUUGUUUUUAUAUUUGGUUAAUAUAUUUUUUGUUUUAAAUAGACAAUCCUUUUUACAGGCACCUGAAAGCAAUUUUGCAUUCAUGUUUGACUGUAGUGGUUCAUUGUUAUACACAAUAUUAUUUCUCUUGUAAAUUUUGUCUAUGGUUGAAAAUAGUAUUAUAUAAUACCAUAUAUUCAAUUGCUUAUCUAUGAUAAAAAAAGAAUUAAACUGAAAAUA